AUGGCCGAUGCUUGUAAAAUUCCUUUAAAUAGAAGGGUCAUAGCAAAGAUCAAAAGUUUCCUGAGGAGAUGCAAUCCACUUUUGAUCAACUCGAGUGAAUGUUAUCUGCUCGUCUGCUCCCUCAUCGUAAACGUUCAGAAGCAGCAGCAGCUACUACCACCGCUUCCUCAACUGACUCAACAAGAGAAAUCGGGUCGACAUUUGCUGCGGAGGAUGUAUCAUCCCCGGGGGCGACUGGAUUUUAAGCUGGCAAGACAGGAAGAUCAGAAGAAGAUACAACAACGACCACAGCAGGAAAAACGCCGACAACAGCAGGAAUUGGAAAAAUCCCGAUACUCCACUCUUUUCAAAAUGGGAUCUCUCUGGAAAGGAUUGGCGGGAUCAUUUUUUUCAAAAACUUCUCUGCCUGCACCAGAAAGCUAUUUUAAGCAGAAACUACAGCAGGUGCAGAAACUCAUUAUAAAAUCUGAACCUGAGUCACUACUGCUAGAUCGAAAACCCCCACGAGAGCCAGAUGACUAUCUCGGGCCCAUUCUCUUGUGUUUACAAAUAGCUCUAAGUAAUUUGCCCAAUGAAGAACUAAGCAAUAUCUUACAUGCGGUCUACGCCAGCGACUGUCUCAGCAGCGACGGUCUCAGCAACAGCUGCAACAACAGUGUCAAUAACAACCGCAACAACAACAACGACGACAAGAAUUAUAACAUCAUCAGCAAUGAUAAUAAUAUGGCUAUUACAUCAUCAUCAUCAGCAUCAUCAUCAUCAUCUCUUCAUCAUCGUCAUUUUCAGUUUAAGGAGAAGAUCCAACGGUUACACUAUCAAAUGAUGACGAUGAACGAAGACCUACUACCUGGUGAUGACAACAACAGCAAUGAGAAUGAUGAUAACGAUAAUAAAAAUAAUUGCUCUGCCAUUAGAAGUAUCGAUGAUAAUAAUGAUGAGAGGUCUUUCGACAGGGACGUCUUCAUAUCAAAAUGGACGACACUGCUGAAUAGAAUCAGCGAGGAAAAGAGUAACGUAAAGCCUGAAAAGAUUUUCCUUCUGCUGAUGGUUGACCCUGAGAGAUCUCUGGAAAUGAUCCUACGUUCCGUAUCAAACAAUGUACAAAACGUCAACACUUUGAUAUGGCAUUUGAAUCUGUACGGAUGUUUUGAUUUGAGGGCCAGUGCAAGCAAAAGUAUCUUUAAUAAUAUUAAUAAUAAUAAUAAUGAUAAUAAUAACAAUAACAACAACAACAAUAAUAAUAAUAAUAUAAAUAAUAAUGGUAAUAAUAAUGAUGGUGAUGAUGAUAAUUGUAAAAUCAAUAACCGUGGUGACGUCAUCGUCGUCGACCUGCCUAGGAAUACGUCACCGUUGGAUUUAGUGCAACUAAUAGUCAAACAUCUAGCCGUAUGCAGGCCACUGCUGUUCAGUGAAAUAUUUCUGAAGUUAUAUGCAGAUGGGGCGAUGAAUGACAAGCAGUUAGACAGAUUGCUCUACUUUUAUAAAUGCCUCGACGGUGCCACUUCCGGCAGAGGUGGAGCUAAGGUUGUAACGGGCCAAUCACAGUUGAUAUCGUCCCGUGAUGUCAUGAUGACUGACAUCAUUCUGCCAACUAUCGCAAAGAUGUUAUCAGCACCAGCGACAACAAUCGCUGCAGCUACUGUGGCUACUACUACUGCUGCUGUUAAAUAUUAUCUUUCUCAUUUGAAAUUAUUGGCCUUAUAUUUCAAUAAUAAUGACAACAACAACAAAACCAACAAUAAUAAUAAUAAUAAUAAAAACAACAAUAGCAAAGAUUCUCAACAACUAGAAACAUUAACAUACAUAUCAAUGCUAUUUCUCCUAGACCAGUGCUAUACAUUUGUCCGAGAUUUUGAGGCUAAAUUUUUAGAUUCACUUUUCACCGAACAUAGUGAUGAUAACAAUAACUACAACAGCAAUAAUAAUUGCAAUGAUAAAGAUGAAUGUGAUGUUGUUGUUGUUGGUGAUAAACUGAUAGAAUUGAAGGACAUCUUAAGGAAUGUUACACAGUGUUGGCUGCUACUUUUGGCGAAAAAUAAUUCAGCUGGAUCUGUAUUGGAUGUUAACGAUAUUGCAGGUGGUAUUCAGCAGCAAAUCCAUUGCAAGGAAUUAUUCUAUCUGUUUGCGGCUGUAUCUGUCGCUGCUUCUGCUACUUCUGCCGCUGAAGCUCAUGGCGACGCUUAUGAUGCUGCUGCUGCUGGUGGUGAUGCUACUGCAGUUGAUGAUCUUGCCACAACUCAUGCAGUCGCUACAAACGGUGGUGAUGCUAUGGAAGAAAGUGCCAGUGUACCGUACAUAAAAGACAUUGAGAUGAAGUUGCGUCGUGCUGAUGGUGACGUAGCAUCAUUUCAAACAGUUUUAUUCGAGCUGGUGGACGGCCUAUCCUACCAUGAUGAUAUUCUCAAUGCUACCCUUAAGAACGGGCCACUCAUGAAUUUGAUUAGCAAGGGCCCCUCUGUUGAAAGUAUUCUCUCUUUAAUCUGUUUGAAGAAAAUAGUUCUCUGCAGCAAUAGGGAAUGGUUAAAUGUUUGUAGAUUUGCUAUCGAGAUCCUAUCACUAUCAGGACGAAAGCUAUCAUCAACAUCAUCAUCAUCAUCAGCCGAAGCAAAAUUGUUAGCAUUCUUUACCGACUUAGUAGUGUGUUACGAUGUAUUGCAUAAGAGAUCUAAUGAAGAUACUAAAGCCAUCAGCAAGAAAGAUACUAUUACAUCAUCAUCAGUAUCAACAACACCACCAUCAUCAUCAUCGCUACCAAAGCCAUUGUCGUCAUCAUCAUUUCUUGAGGCAGCUUCAGUUUGUUAUCAGUGGUCUUCUUUUCCAUGGUACAAUAUCAUUCAUCUUUCCGUGCUCUUUAUGAAGAAAUUAUUCCUAGAAGAUGACAAACAGCUUUCAUCCUCACCAUCCUCAUCAUCGUCGUCGUCGUCGUCAUCAUUGCUGAAGUACCAACAAUGCAUCAGUUCGACCUUGAAGAUGCUGACAUUUCUGCCGAAGGAGGUGCACUACCUGGUCUCACCGUUUAUCACUGAUUGCCUUGUCGAGGUGGCCAAGUUUAAAAAUAAUACUACUGCUGCUGCUGUUGUUACUUCUGCUGCUGCUACAACUGCUACUACUGUUGAUGACGUUACAACUCCUGUUGUUACUAUUGCUGCUGCUGCUGCUGCCGAUGAUGAUGGCAAUGAUGACGUUGGCAAGGAUGCCAGGCAGUUUUUAGGCUUUGUCAAAUUGGCGGUCGACGAAAUUACCAUAAGGAGCGAUAUUAAGAAGAACAUCUCCAUGACUGUUUCAAGAUUGAUUCAAGAAUUUUGAAUUUUUCUCAGUAUUUCUGUAUUAUUCUUUUUGCUCUUGUUUUUUUUUGCGUCGACUUGGCAGGAGUUUCCGUUUUUUCAUUUUUUUCUGUUAAAUAAUAUGUGCAUAAGAA